AAUAUUAGCUGCUUGUAGAUUAACCGAUAAAAUAUACCCACAACGAUGAAGUUAAUAGGAUUGAUGUUGGCGCUGUGCCUGCAACUGUCGGUGUUUGUGAGUGGCCAGGAGGAUUUGAAGACGGAGGCACCAAAAAGCAAGUGUCUCUGUACAUACCGCAAUACUCCGGUCUGUGCCAGCAAUUCGAUCACCUAUCCAAAUUACUGCUCGUUUGAUUGUGCACGCCGUGAAUUGGAGAGUUCUGGGGACGGCUUGUUCAUAGUAAAAAGGGGUCGUUGUUAAGCCGAUAUCUAUAAUAUCUACCUUAUAUAUGGUCUAAAUAUUCUGAAGACACAUAAAUAAAAAUGAAUCCAA